CUCGACCGCUGGGAGCGCUGCCGCGACGCCCAUCUGGGCAGCUCCAGGAACAUCUAUCAACUCCCACGACCUCCCAGACGAGCUCCACCCCGAAGCCCGGGGCAACUCGCCACGAUGCGCACCAUCAGCUGCAUAGUAGCCGCGACGAGCCUGGUCUCGGCGGCGCCGCCCAUCGCCAAGCACGUCACGGUCGUCGUGAACCCCGGCGAGGAGGCCGUCGUCGAUCUGCGGGGCUACGACACGGACGGCGACCCGCUGAGCGCGACGAUCACGUCGCUACCGUCGUCCGGCGCGCUGCACCAACUGAGCAAAGUAUAUAGUACGCACGGUUAUGAUCCGAAGAAGGGCAAGGCCGCGUCGGUCAACGCGCCCGUGACCGGGUCGCGGAAUCGGGUGCACUACGUGCGGCCCGAGUACGACGUCGAACCCAGCAGUGGCAAGUGGGCCUCCUUCGCCUACACCAUCAACGACGGGACCUCGACCUCAAAAGCGGCGACGGUGACGCUCGUGGGCCCCUCGCGGCGCGUCGUCGCGUCGCCCUUCGACGCCUCGCACGAGCAGUGGUCUAUUGUAAGGAACGGCGCGGGCUCAGGCCCGGCGACGCACGACGCGUCGUCCUUCGGCAAGGGCCUGAACCGGUUCGUCGUGGCCACGGACGAACUCAUCGCGCGGGACGCGUCGAGUGGCCUCGAGACGAACGCGUCGCGGUGGAUGUUCGAGGCGCCGCCGUCGUGGGCCGGCGACCAGAACGCGGCCUACAAGGGCACGCUCGAAUUCACGAUAGGGGCGCUGGCGGGGGACUUGUCAGUGCCCUCGAAGGCGCACAACUUCAUUGAAUUGGAGUGCGCCACGUGCGACGUCAACGCCGGCGUGCUGCUGGCCUUUCCCGUGAGUGCGGCCAAAAGAUUUGAUGGAUCGACGACGACCUUUUCUAUCCCCUUGGACGAGACGGCGGGCUGGCGCAAGGACCUGUGUGGAAAUCAACCAGUGCGUCGGGUGCGCCUGACAAUUCUUCACUAAGUCAUUUCUCGGCGAUGACGCGGCCGUCCUGGCUCGGUCGAGCGGUGAGGAACUAGCAUCGCCACGCCAUCGGUCAACGCGGCGAUUCGGGACGAACGCGCCGUAAUAUUUGAUUUCCACACAGGCAAGGACCCGAAAAAUAGUCUGUUUGCGUGGCCCCAGCCCUCGCAGUGCGACAUGAUCGAGGUGCUUUCCGGACUUUCUGGGUUGCGGAUUCUGGGGGAUUUGACGGACUGGUACGAGAGCAUCGCACUCGACGCCGUGUCUCUCAAGGCGCCCGCGUCCGGGCGCUCCGAGGUGCCGACGUGUGCUCAGGGCACGCCGGACGCGUCAGUGUGCACGUGCUGA